CAGGGACCAGCGGAGCAGAAGAACGAACGAUCAGAGAGGAAGGCCAUGACCCAUGCAAUCAGGCAUCUCCCAGAUACAACAUUUGGCGACGAAGGUUGACAGCUACCCACGCAAUGUCGAAGUUCACGGAAUUCCAUCCAACGGAGGAGAUAAUAGAGGAUUACCUGGACAGAUUUGAAAUCUUCUUGUCGGCAAAUGGAGUGAAAUCCGAAAACAAGACUGUGUCACUCCUCAACCACAUCGGGAAAGACAUCUACCAUGUGCUGAAGAGCAUUUUCCUGACCGCCCUUCCAACGUCUCAAACGUAUGACGCACUCAAACAGAAGCUUUUAGACCACUUCGCACCAAAGCGCUUGCUAAUAGCAGAACGCGCCAAAAUCUAUGGACGAUACCAACAAGAACGCGAGUCUUUGACGGAAUUCGUAGUCGCUAUCAAGGGUCUUGCCAUGACGUGCAAGUUCGAAACUUUCCUUGACGAAGCCUUAUGCGACAGGCUGGUCGUGGGAUGCCGCGACAGUGAAAUCAAGAAAGCCCUACUCGAAUUGGAUGACGACAACUUCGACACGUGUUUUAAAACUGCCACAGGGAAGGAAUUGGAAAUGGCGGAGUCUGAAGAGCUUCGUCCGUGUACAGGGGAACCCAAUACAGAGGUUCAUCGAGUUGGCAGCGCCAAGCCAAGUGGUUCCGUCGCAAGAAGACAGCCAGGGGAACAUUCUAGACAAAGGAACCCGGGUCAAGGACGUGAGUGUUCGCGUUGUGGUGGAACCGGAUAUGCUAGCCAAAACUGCAGGUUCGUGAAUGAGCAGUGUUUUCGCUGCGGAAAAAGAGGACACACAAGGCGAAUGUGUAGUAAGUCCCGUUCUCUUGUUUCGAAAGCUAAAAAAGUUAGUUCCGUGAUAACCACAGUGACUUGGUCAGGUUCGGAGCCCUGGAAGGUAGAGGUUAACUUUGAAGGUCCAAAUGUUGUCGUGGAAAUUGGCGCAGCCGUGAGCCUCAUGUCUGAACAGCAGUCUAAGAAGCUCUGUUUCCUAGCAAGCAAUGUGAACCAACGGAGGAUGUCCUUAGGACGUACACUGGACAAAAUGUGGAUGUAAAGGGCAUCAUACAUGUAGAGGUACAAUAUGAAGAACAAAGAAAAAUGUUGUCACUGCUUAUUGUUCGUGGAGGGAAGUGUAGACUGCCCACGUUACUGGGUUAGGUUAGGUUAGGCACUGGUUAAGGGAGUUGAA